AAAUGAGCAAAUCAAAUAAAAUGUUUGCCGAUAAGGCCUUUGAAUUGGUCAAGGAAAUGCAAAGGUCUUCACAAACCAUUCCACCAUUUGAUGACGAUGGUGUACGUCAAGUGCUAGAGGAAAUAAAGGCCAUUUUCGAGGAAAAUUGUGCCCAGGCUGCCAAUUAUUCAACAUCCGGCGAUCGUACACUAUGGCCACUGCUAAAUUUUCGUCAUGCUGCCCUGCAACGUAACAAAAGAUGUCUGCUAGCCUAUUUGCAACAACGUUUACAGCGUAUUAAAGCAUUACGUUGGGAAUUCGGACCCAUUAUACCCGGUGACAUUAAAUUAAAUCUUUGUGAACCCGAAGUUACAUUUUUCAACAAAUAUUCCAAAUCUUUAGCAUCAUAUAUGCGUUCGAUUGGUGAUGGUCAAGGUAUCGAUUUAACUGGGGAUUUACGUCCUCCCAAGUCCCUAUAUAUUGAAGUACGUUGUGUUGAAGAUUUUGGUAAAUUUGAAUUGGAAGAUGGUGAGGUGAUAUAUUUGAAAAAGAACAGUCAACAUUAUUUGCCACGUUCUCAAGUUGAGACCUUAGUAAGGCAGGGUAUUUUACAGCAUAUUGUUUAA